UACGUAGUAGAUCCUCACAAAUUGCUGACGUGUAAUCACUUGCCAAGUGUAAAAGAUGCUCUACUCCUGAUGUUGAAACUUGAAAAUUGCAAUCUGUGUCCAGCAAAAGUGAUGCAAAAAAUCGGGUUGUAUUACUAUAUUACAAAACUGGAGGAGGCAGUGUUAUUAAAAUUGGCCAUAGCAUUGGCAAAACUAGCGUUGGGAAAGAAAAUAAUGGAGGAAUUGAUCUCUGAAGUAAUGACUGAUACCGAGGAUGAAUUGCAAAAACCUAAUAAUUUGCUGCAAUGUGGUGAAGAACUUUCUGUAUUAAAAAAAGAGAAACUUUUAGAUACAAUAUUCAAUAAAACAAGUUUGGAUGGACGGCUUUCGUUGAAGUAUGCGAAAAUUGCUUUUGAAAGUUGUAGUUGUGAAGCAGGAAUUUUACUUUAUCGCAUUGAUGAAAAGACUUAUUGUGCGAAUCUAAUAAGGGAUGAAAAUGGUAACGUGAAAAUUCACGACGCAACAAACGGUGGAGAUGAGCUUGUACAGUAUGAAAAUAUUCGUGAGAUGCAGGUCGUUGUUUUGGCUAAAAAGCCGGUAAAGCUGUCAUCGUUGAAAAUGGGCAGACUGCUCCUUGAUUUAUGCAAAAAGAACUUGAUGACAGUCAUGCAAGUAAUAUGAUGCGUGUUAAAAAGAAUAGAGACACAAAUGGAGAAGAAGCAAGACCUGCAAAGACACCGUUAGAAAUGUCUGAAUGUUGUGAGCACUCAGUUUGUGCGACAAAUAUGACAAACAAGUAUUUGCAGUUGACCGAAAGGAUAAAACCAGUGGCUGUUGAUAGUGAAGGAAGCACAAUCUCUCAGUCCUGGAAUCAUAUUCCAAACACACUUAAUGAAGGAGCAGACAACCAAGUCGAUGAUUUGAAUGCAGGCAAAGAUUAUGCGGAUAGUGAGACUGUUGUUUCAAUACAUGAACUUGCAAAUUUGUCACGAAGACCACAUUCCAAAAAAUGA